AAUAUAAUUGUGGUGCUUUUCGUGUCACUUUCCCUGAUUCUGAGCUCCCGGGUUUUGGGGCUCGCAACAGACGGUUUGAUCCAUCUGAGUAGGUUUACUUUACGCGCAUAACAUUAUUUCAAAAUACUAGAUUUUUUUUAACCAUUUAUAGUAAACUAAUAUUUUUGUGACUUUUUUUUCUUCAGAAAAUGUUGCGGGGAAGCUCAGCUUCAUUCAGAGAGAAGGGAAUGCGACUUACGUGCGGGACAGGGAGCUGGCCUCGGAGGUUCCAACCGAGACCAAGUUCGAACUGUUCGAUCCAAGGAACACUUUACGCACUGCCAUAUUCACCUAUACCUGGGACUUUGGCAACGGGUAUGUCUGCCUGUUUCUCAUCGAAUAUAUGUUUUGUUGUUUUCCUUUUCGCAGUUUAGGCUAUAUAUUUAAAUAUUAUGUGGUUGUUUUAUUCUGGUUUUGUAAGGGAGGUGCUUGAGGGAUCGGAACCGUAUGUGCACUAUAACUACUCGUCCUCUGGAAACUACACUCUGUGGCUGAGAGUGGGGGCCCAAGUGAGCAAAACCUAUAUUCCACUAACUGGGGUUUACACCAUGGACGUUACAGUGUUGGGUAGGUUGACAGAAUACACAUCAUUUUUGUUUAGAAUUAUUUCGUUUGAAAUUGUGUGUAUUGCAUAUCUCUGCUAUUUUCCAGACCCCAUCAGAAAUAUUGAGUUGAAGGGCCCUUUGAGUUUCCAGGUUUCCAGAAACAACAGUCUGGCUAUUCAUGUGGAUGGAAGGUGGGUACAAUUUCUCAGUAGGAUUAACACACAUACAACAUCAUAAACAUGCAUAACACAUCAAAGAAUCAGCUCAUUUAUUCUCUCUCUCCCUCUCUCUGUUUCCCAGUCCUCCCAUGUGGGUGUGUUGGAGGUUCCUACAGAACUGUGUAUCAGCAACCCCUACAGGCUGUCACCUGACCAUGCUGUAUAAUAACACAUUGAGACUGAACCACACCUUCACGGCUUUAGGAGUCCACUGUCUGGACAUCAGCGCCCGAAACGGCAUCAGCAAACUGCAGACCUCCCACAGCAUCUUCGUGAGGAGAGAUCGUAAGUCAGGUGUUAUCAUGUGAUCUGUGGAGAUACGGUCCAGUUUAGUCGCGCUAGGCAGAAGCUACAGUACAGUACACACUCUCUCCUCUAACUAUGAAUACAUUAUAGACUAGUUUGAUAUAGUACAAAUGAUCCAUCUAAUAGUACAGUGUCGCUCAGCAGUUCUGGUGGCACAAGGGGUUUUGAUCAGAAUUUACCUCUUUAGAUUUCCUAGUUAUCCCUGUAAUCUUAAAGGGAUACUUUGGGGUUUUUGGCAAUGAGGCCCUCUAUCUACUUCCCCAGAGUCAGAUGAAUUUAUAGAUAUACUUUUUAUGUCUUUGUGUGUAGUUUCAAGUUGCUAACUAGCGCUAGCACAAUUGCUAAAUAAUGUUAGCACAAUGACUGGAAGUUUAUGGGUAUCUGCUAGCAUGCUAGCAGAUACCCAUAGACUUCCAGUCAUUAAUUGUGCUAAUGCUGGUUAGCAUUGGCUUGCAAAAAUACCUUGAACUACCUUCAUACUGGACACAGAGACAUACAAAUAGUAUCCACGAGUUCACCUGACUUUAGGGAAGUAGAUAAAGGGCCUCAUUGCCAAAAUCCCAAAGUAUCCCUUUAAACUGAACCAAGUGAUAGGGUGUUCAGAUAAAUGAAAAGAUGUCAGUGGGACAGUGGCCAGGGUUGAGGAAUGCACUAGGGAGUUCUGGAGGAGAGUAAUUUAAUGCAAGGCCCACAACCCAUACUGCACAUGUCUCCUGUGGUGAAUUGAUUUGUGAUGGGUGGUACGGUUACAGAGGAGUUUCAGGAAGCUUCUGACCUCAUUUUAAUGCAUAGCAAAUAGAUUGUUUAAAACCAGAAGACUAAAAUAUGGAUGAAUGAUUGUAAAAGGAACAUGAUUCAGUGGUGUACAAAGUAAGACAAGAGGAGACAUCUGGUGGUGCUUGAAUAAUCAUUUACGCAGACACUGGGGAGUAUGACAGUUACUAAUUGGGAGUUAAGUCUAAAUAGGAAAUCAAUUUUGCUUGCACAACUUCUGACCAGUAUUCAAGCUUGUCUAACUGCAUCAUGUAAUACUGUAGUAUUAAAGUAUGUGAAGUGUUUUCCCUACCUUGAACUAUGGUAAAAAAACAGUUAUCUCUGUCUCCUAAUAGCCUCCAAUAACCUGCUCUUCAUCCUGCCGUGUGCUGGGAUCAUCUUGGCAAUCCUCACCUUCAUCACUGUUAUAGCCUGUCACCCUCAGAAGGGAAACAACAGCAAACAACAGGUAGGAGACUGUUUCAAUACUCCUCCCAAAGAUAUGAGGCUAUUCUAUAACACAAGGGGGUGAUCUAUACCUAACAAAUUGACUAACUAUCAACUACAAAUAAUGGCCGUGGCUGUAGAAAGCACUGUCAAGCAGUGUUGUAGUACUCGAGUACAGGACUUUAACUUGACUCGGACUUGACCAGUGGUGACUCUGACAUUGAUUCGGACUCGACCAGUAGUGACUUUGUUGUUCGAUGGUGAUUUGCUCAGUGUAUUUGUUCUUGUUCCGUAUAAAAUUGCUAAGAAAUGUUGAGACACUGUAGCCUUACAAGCACAAAAAAAAGUGUGUCAGUGUAAAUGGUUAUAUUUGUUUGUUUAUUUAUUAUGUUACAGAUGUCUGGGUACAGUAACGCCACUUACUCCAGCAUUAAAAUGGAACUGCAGCCCCAUCAGGACAUCCCUGAUAUCAGUAGUGAUCUGUAUGUAUCCAGGGCAGAGAAAGGAGAGGUCCAAUCCCUUCUGUUACAGCAUGGGACCAGAUCUGUCGCCUACUCAUAC